UAAGUGGCCGUUGGGCGUGGCCAUGCGAAAUUUUGAGUUUUGCUGAAAUUCAAGCCGCGUGCUCAGGAGGCGAGGAUGCAGCAGCGUGGUGCAUAGUGUCAGUCAGCACCGGAGGCUCGCGGGUUACGGCGGCGGACCUCACAGACCGAAGGAGGCUGGGACAAGCGCGUACUUUGUUGGGUUCACAUUCUCAGCUUUUAACCAUCUCCGUCUGUCGGUAAAUGAAGAGCCCGCGCCGCGUGGAGCCCAGACAUUGACGGAAAACCAUGGAGAGCCAGGGCAGCCGUUGCAAGAUCGUGGUGGUAGGAGACACGCAAUGUGGCAAAACGGCGCUUUUACACGUUUUCGCGAAGGACUGCUACCCAGAGAAUUACGUUCCCACGGUCUUCGAGAAUUACACGGCCAGUUUUGAAAUCGAUAAACAGAGGAUUGAGCUUAACAUGUGGGACACAUCAGGAUCCUCAUACUACGAUAACGUGCGGCCGCUGGCGUACCCCGACUCUGACGCUGUGCUCAUCUGCUUCGACAUCAGCCGCCCCGAGACCCUGGACAGCGUGCUCAAGAAGUGGCAGGGUGAGACUCAGGAGUUCUGCCCCAACGCCAAGGUGGUCCUGGUGGGCUGCAAGCUGGACAUGCGGACGGAUGUGAGCACCCUGCGGGAGCUGUCCAAACAGAGGCUGAUCCCCGUCACUCACGAACAGGGCAGCACCCUUGCCAGGCAGAUGGGCGCGGUGGCGUACACCGAGUGCUCGUCCAAGGUUUCGGAGAACAGCGUGCGGGACGUGUUCCACAUCACCACGCUGGCGUCCAUCUCCCGCGCACACCGGCCGCAGCUCAAACGCAGCGAGUCCCGCCACGGCCUGAAGAGGGCGUCACACCUGUCCGUCCGGACUGAGCAGCUGGACGACACGCCCGCCAUGCGGAAGGACCGCGCCAAGAGCUGCACGCUCAUGUAGAGCGCCCCCUGCUGGGAAACGCGCUCUCACAUGUGGAUACGUACAUGUACAGAUGUAUAUAGAUGUGCUACUGAGAAGGUCUAUUUAUUGCUCAUCUCAACCUUGUCCUUGCACUGCUGAGGAGGAACGGAAGGCUGCGGCCAAGCGUGUUCUAGAGUGUUCUUUUUGUGCGGUUCAUUCUUUACUGUUUACACUGUUCUAUGGAGGCUGGAAUGACCAAGCCCCAGAGACGGGCUGGUGAAACUGGAUGCCUAGGCCUCUUCUGAGUUCUCAUUGGAUGGAUGCUGGAUUUUUUUUGGUUUUUCAUUGGAUGAAAUCCUGUGCUGUUUUUACAGCCCCCUUGGGCUGACUGGCUGGCAUUUGGGUGAAAGUGAAGCAGACAUUGGGAGGGGGGUAAAACGCGAAGGCUUUAAUUUUUGGGAUUAUGACCGAAGUGGACGGAAUAUGUGGAAUCCAGAGAGGGGUAGAAGUGACUCUAUGAAGGGAAAAUCUGUGUAAAAAGCAGAGAAAUGUCUUACAGUGGUAUUUGGCUUUAUACUCCAGUUCAUUGGAUUGGAUGAAGCAAUGACGUUAAAGUGCAGGUUUUUAAUUUGAAGGUAUUUAUGUCUUUAUUGGGUGAACCAUGCUGGAAGUGCAAUGCUUUACAUAUAUAUCACAUAUGUAUAAAUAUAGUUCCCCCAUUUUGUGCGAGUAAAAGUAAUUUGACAAGUUAACGUUACCAUUAAUAAAGUCAUCAUAUUUAGUUCUUGGUUGCAAAUCCUUUACAUUUGAUGACUGCCUGAAGAGGACCAGCUGGGCAUCUUCCCUGGUGAUGCUUUGCCAGGCCUGCACUGCCAGGCUCACCCUUUAAAUUACAGGCUGCUAAUUAUACAAUAAUUACUGGUAAAUAUUAAGUAAUUACUGAUGCUCUGCCAGGCCUGUACAGUAGCCAUCUUCAUCAUCAGUUCAGUCAUAUUCUUUUUGUUUUGGGGGCGUUUGUAUAAAAAGGGCUGUAAUUCCUUCAUGGAUUCACCAAAUAAGUAUGCAAAUACACUCAAAUUAAAACUGACAGUUGGCACUUUAUCCUCGCAAUUAAUUUUUUCAUUUUAAAUCCAAUGUGCAGGAGUGUCAAAACAAACGAAAAUGUGUCACUGUUCAAAUACUUACAGACUGUACUGUAAUUUCACCGAAAUGUGAAAAAAGGUUUAAGAAUAAAAAAGAAAGGACUGCUUGUGUCUAUUCAAGUGAAAUUCGCACAUAAAGAUUAUCUUUGUGAAGAAUAUUAAUUGUGCACCCUGGAGGAUGUGGUGGGAUUAGUGUCAAAAAUGGUUCUGGAAACCGCGGGUGCUUUCCUGAUAGUUCUUAGUAUAUCUCAUUUUUUGGUUAUUUAUGUGUUAACUUUAAAAAAAUUUUAGACCAUGUCUAUUUAAUUUGUUGGAAUCAUUAUUGUUAUGAAUUUAUAAAGUUUUAUUUUGAGGGCUGUUUUUUGCAGUAUUUUCACUGUAUCUGUGCAGAGUGGAAAUAAAACAGUGUCCCCUGG